AUGACUAUGAUGACAGUCACCCUCCUUCGCGCUGCACGCCAGUGGUGGGAUGGGAGACAGCUACUGUGUGGAGGAGAGAACCAGGCCUGCGCUGUGGCAUGUUGCCAGGUGUUCAGUAGCCCUGAGGAAGGGUGGAGGAGAGAGUCAGGUUCCCUCACUCUCACAGAGAGCGGAGGAAUAUCAAGACUUGUGAUCCGAUCAACAACAACACUCUUGUUUUACGAUUCCAGCUGUCUGAAAAUCACAACCAGCCAUACGUUGACUGAGGCUGUUUUAGGAGAGACUGUCCUCUUGCCCUGCCACUUCUCUCCCACCACCCUCCACCCUUCCCUCGAGCUCAUCUGGACAAGACGGACUCCCCAGGUGCAGCACAAUGUCUUCCACCUGAAGGGAAGCCAGCCGUUGUUAAAGACCCAGGACCAGGGUUACCGCGGCCGGGUGUCGGUGAAGCAGGGCAGGCUGGGAGAGGGCGAUGCCAGCCUCCUGCUCGACAACACCACCCUCUGGGAUGAAGGGGACUACGAGUGCUUCCUCUUCUCAGGCUCAGACUAUGCUGACGUUACAAUUCAGCUCCAACUCACUGCCCCAUACUCCCAGCCUACCAUAGCGUGUGAGCCCCGGCCCAGGGAAGCUCGUCGACGUGACGGCACGCUCAUGCGGUGCCAGAGCACCGGGGGUUACCCCGAAGGUGAGAUGAGCUGGGUCCUCCACAACCAGAUGGUUGUCAACAGCAGCGAGGUUCGGAACCUGUCCCGGGACAGCCGGGGCAGAUUCAGCAUCCAGAUUAGGGCCGUCUGGUUCCCUGGAGAUCUCGAGGAACCUGGAGAAUGGAGCAGUAACUGGGUCACCUGCUCAGUCCACAACCCCAGAGGGAACCAGACUGUGAGCAGCACAGCUACUUGUGAUAUCAGCCCCACACAUCCAGGACAUAUUACGAGUCCUAAACAUGAGAGAAGUCGACUUGGAGUCCUGGCAGCUGCUCUGAUGUGGGCUGCUUCAGUGUGUCUCUGCCUGCUGAAUGGGGCCUGGAGGUCCUGUCACUAGAAUAGCUAUGUGCAUGUGUGUCGGUGCUUCUGUUUGUGUUCUCAUUAGAAACUAAAACCUAAACCUAGGUGCGAAGACUGUAUGUCAUGCUGUAUGUGCGUUGGGGGGGUGCAUUCAAAUAGAAAAGAAAACCAUGGCUCUGAGGGUAGACUAGACUGUAAAUAUAUUUCGCGAUGUUUUAUGAUGUUACAUUUAAGAGAUAAUGUUGUUGUUGUUUCGUUCUUAGAACAGAAAAUAAAAACAUUGACGUGUGUUACUCAUCUCCUGAAA